CACACCUCAUCCUGGGCACUGCCGGGCCAGCCACCGGUCUGCGUCUGGAAACUGCUGCCUCCAGGACCCAGCCGGCUGCCUGCAGGGGCCAGCGACCAUGGCCGCGCUGUGGCCUCCCAGCUCCCGCCCCCUGCUGGGGGUCUGCACCUUCGUGUCCCUGGCCACCGCUGUCUUCCUGGGGCACGUCCUGCUCCGUGAUUUCUUGGUGGUCCCCCAAGAGCAGCGCGGCUUCUCCCGAGUCCCUGAGCAGCUGUAUCACGCUCGCCAGCGGGAAGCCCGUGACCCGGGCCCCCAGCCCACCACAGGGUACCAUGGCAGUCCCCGAGCGGCACCCAGCCAGUGCGAUGUGCCCCCCAACAGCCGCUUUGACUGCGCCCCUGACAAGCCCAUCACCCAGGAGCAGUGUGAGGCCCGGGGCUGCUGCUACCAGCCUGCGAGUCAGUGGCCUCAGGUUCCCCGGAUGGGGCAGCCCUGGUGCUUCUUCCCACCCAGCUACCCGAGUUACAAGCUGGGGAACCUGACCAGCACGGAGACAGGCUACACGGCCACCCUGACCCGCACCAGCCCAACCUUCUUCCCCAAGGACAUCUUGACCUUGCGGCUGGACCUGCUGCUGGAGACAGAGAGCCGGCUUCACUUCACGAUCAAAGAUCCCGCCAACAGGCGCUACGAGGUGCCCCUGGAGACCCCGCGUGUCCGCAGCCGGGCCUCGUCCACACUCUACAGUGUGGAGUUCCAGGAGGAGCCCUUUGGGGUGGUCGUGCGCCGGAAGCUGGAUGGCCGGGUGCUGCUGAACACGACGGUGGCGCCCCUGUUCUUCGCCGACCAGUUUCUGCAACUGUCCACCUCCCUGCCGUCCCAGCACAUCGUGGGCCUUGCCGAGCGUCUCGGCUCCCUAAUGCUCAGGACCAGCUGGACCAAGAUCACCCUCUGGAACCGGGACAUCGCCCCCGCGCCCAACGUGAACCUGUAUGGGUCCCACCCUUUCUACCUGGUGCUGGAGGACGGCGGGUCAGCUCACGGGGUCUUUCUGCUGAACAGCAACGCCAUGGACGUGGUCCUGCAGCCGAGCCCGGCCCUCAGCUGGAGGUCGACAGGUGGGAUCCUGGACGUGUACAUCUUCCUGGGCCCUGAGCCCAAGAGCGUGGUGCAGCAGUACCUGGAAAUCGUGGGCUACCCAUUCAUGCCGCCCUACUGGGGCCUGGGCUUCCACCUCUGCCGCUGGGGCUACUCCUCCACCGCCGUCACCCGCCAGGUGGUAGAGAACAUGACCAGGGCCCGCUUCCCCCUGGACACCCAGUGGAAUGACCUGGACUACAUGGACGCCAGGAGGGACUUCACCUUCAACAUGGACGGCUUCGCGGACUUCCCGGCCAUGGUGCGGGAGCUGCACCAGGGUGGCCGGCGGUACGUGAUGAUCGUGGACCCUGCCAUCAGCAGCUCAGGUCCCCCCGGUAGCUACCGACCCUACGACGAGGGUCUGCGGAGGAAGGUUUUCAUCACCAAUGAGACGGGGCAGCCUCUGAUUGGGAAGGUGUGGCCCGGGUUCACCGCCUUCCCCGACUUCACCAGCCCCGAGGCUUUGGACUGGUGGCAGGACAUGGUGUCCGAGUUCCACGCCCAGGUGCCCUUCGACGGCAUGUGGAUCGACAUGAACGAGCCGUCCAACUUCGUGAAGGGCUCUGUGGAUGGUUGCCCUGACAACGAGCUGGAGAACCCGCCCUACGUGCCAGGGGUGGUCGGCGGGACCCUGCGGGCUGCCACCAUCUGUGCCUCCAGCCGCCAGUUCCUCUCCACGCACUACAACCUGCAUAAUCUGUACGGCCUCACGGAAGCCCUGGCGUCCCACAGGGCCCUCGUGAAGGCUCGGGGGACGCGGCCCUUUGUGAUCUCCCGCUCAACCUUCGCCGGCCACGGCCGAUACGCCGGCCACUGGACGGGGGAUGUGUGGAGCAGCUGGGAGCAGCUGUCCUACUCCGUGCCAGAAAUCCUGCUGUUCAAUCUGCUGGGGGUGCCGCUGGUGGGGGCUGACGUCUGUGGCUUCCUGGGCAACACCUCGGAGGAGCUGUGUGUGCGCUGGACCCAGCUGGGGGCCUUCUACCCGUUCAUGCGGAAUCAUAACGACCUCAACAGCCUGCCUCAGGAGCCCUACAGGUUCAGCAAGACGGCGCAGGAAGCCAUGCGGAAGGCCCUCAGCCUGCGCUACGCACUCCUGCCCUACCUGUACUCGCUCUUCCACCGGGCCCAUGUCCUGGGCGAGACCGUGGCCCGGCCCCUCUUCCUAGAGUUCCCCGAGGACCCGCGCACAUGGACCGUGGACCGCCAGCUCCUGUGGGGGGCGGCUCUGCUCAUCACACCCGUGCUUGAGGCCGGGAAGGUCCAAGUGACAGGCUACUUCCCCCUUGGCACAUGGUACAACCUGCAGAUGGUGCCAGGAGAGGCCUUCGGCAGCUCCCCACGUCCUCCUCGGGCUCCCCUCAUGUCCGCCAUCCGCAGCAAGGGGCAGUGGGUGACACUCCCAGCCCCACUGGACACCAUCAACGUGCAUCUGCGGGCUGGGCACAUCGUCCCCCUGCAGGGCCCUGGCCUCACAACCACGGAGUCCCGGAAGCAGCCCAUGGCCCUGCUCGCCGCCCUGACCGUGAACGGGGAGGCCCGAGGGGAGCUGUUCUGGGAUGACGGGGAGAGUCUGGGGGUGCUGGAGCGUGGGGACUACACGGAGGUCAUCUUCCUGGCUAGGAAUAGCACCAUCGUGAGUGAGCUGGUGCAUGUGACUAGCGAGGGGGCCGGCCUGCCGCUGAGGAGGGUGACCAUCCUGGGGGUGGCCGUGGCCCCCAGUCAGGUCCUCUGCAAUGGCGUCCCUGUCUCCAACUUCAACUACAGCCCCGACACCAAGACCCUGGACAUCCCCGUGUCCCUGCUGGUGGGACAGCAGUUUGUCGUGAGCUGGUCGUGACCCGGGCCGGCGGUGAGCCGGCCUGUGCGGGAGGAGACCAGUUUCUCCGUGGCCCCAGCGCCUGACCUCCUGGUCAGGACGUGUGGGUGGGCCUCAGGGUGACGCGCGUGCCCCACGUCUCAUGGCGCUGCCCUCCCUCAAGAACCCAGAUCUGCCUGUGUGUCUACCUCCUGGGCCCAGGGGCUCUGGGCCAGCAACACGCCUGACGGUUCUCUGCACAGAUCCCAUGGGCCGUGGCCCCAGGGUUGCCUCGUGUGUGCGGUGCUGUUCUGGAAGGCUUACCUCUCCGAAGCUUGUCACUGGAAUGAGAAUGAUGUCGCCCACUCCCAGCUCGUCGCCUGCCCCCAGCUCCCCGCCCGAGACAAUAUAGGUGCGUUCCAGACGAGGAUGGCGUGCCUGCACCCCGAGGUCACGCCGUGGGCGGCUGUGCUGCUCUGGCCGGGUGAAAGGACAGGGCUGGGCGGCCACCGUAGCCUGCUUUCUGGGCGAUGCCCCCGGCAGCAGGGGGAGCUGUCCCCCCGUCCCCCGUCCGAUGAGAGUGGGCCAGGGGAACUCCGGAGGGUUCACAGGACCCAGGGAAACCCUUGACCUUAAGUGCAAUUAUUAUUAAUAAAGGGGUCAUUGCGAUCAA